AUGGCGGAGGGACGGCAGCAGCGGCGCCGGGAGAGCGGCACGGGAGAGUGCACGCAGUCACAGAGGAAUGAGAAGUUGCGGUGCUCAAACCAUGAUGCAACACACACACUCGUUCUCUUACCUGACGGGAAGCUUUCUGAAGAGUGGGCUAAAGCUUCAGCAAACAGUCCCAAGACAAGGCUGGUAAAAGAACUGGGAGACCGAAAUAUUGUUCAAAUAGCAUGUGGAGACCAGCAUGCCAUGGCACUAUCCAGAGGGGGUGAGCUCUUCACCUGGGGCUUGAACACCCAUGGACAGCUUGGAGUGAGGAGCCAAACCAGGCUUACUAAGAAACCACAACUGGUGGAAAGACUAAAGGGCAUCCCACUUGCUCAAAUUGCUGCUGGAGGAGCUCACAGCAUCACCGUGUCACUCUCUGGAGCUGUGUAUUCCUGGGGAAAGAACAGUUUUGGACAGCUGGGACUUGGAGACACAAAAGACAGGAACUGCCCAACAUAUGUUGGAGCUUUAGAGCACUGGAAGACUGUAUUUAUCUCAUGUGGGGCAGAUCAUACUGCAGUUCUCUCCAAGGAGGGGCUGGUGUGCACCUUUGGAGCAGGAGGGUCUGGCCAGCUGGGUCACAACUCCACCCGGAAUGAACUCCUGCCUCGUGUGGUGGCUGAGCUGUGGGGAGCAAGGGUUACACACAUUGCCUGUGGCAGACAAUACACUCUGGUCUAUGUCCGUUCCUUGGACAAAUUCUAUUUCUGUGGUUCUUAUGAUGAAGGACAACUGGAAGAUGAAAGGAAGCCCAAUCAGUUGAUACCACUUCCCAUCCAUUCGCCAGUGAAUACUGAAAAAUCCUGCCAGAGUAAUUACCACUGCAGAUGUAUACGAAAACUGUAUUUGUUACUUCCAUGGAAAUAUUUGCUUUCUUAAUUUUAUUUACACUGAAAGGCAAACAUUAUGUCUCAUGCUUGCUUGGCCAUCCCAACAAAUUCUACCAGGAGUUAUUCCAUUUGCUGCUUGAUUAUCAUGGGUAAUAGCCUCAUAGAAUCAAACUUUCAACAGAUAACUACUACCCAGAGGGUUUUUUUACUGUUCCACUUUUGUGCCCUUAACUCUCUGAAGAUAAUGACUGUCUCUUCAAAUGUUCCUACGACAAUCUUUUUUUCUUUCACAGAAAAGAAUGCGUCAAAAAGGGGGAUUAAUAUUAUUGCAGGACUAAAUCAAAGUUUUGCCCAUUGCAAGGAGGAGAACACGAAUUCAUAUUUGAAUGGAAUUGCCACUCUGGAGGACAAAGAAGUGGAUAAAUGGAUUUCUAACUCUAAAUGGCGUGAGCAUAUAGAAACGAAUAUCAAACUGAUCUUUUCAUCUGAGGCUUGCAUCAAUGGAAGCUUCCUGGACAAAAGAGACAAACAUUUCAAAACUUCCAAAGAAGUCUCAGGCGUAGACAUAUCAGAAGUGAAACGUUUUUAUAAGAAGAUCAGUAAAAAACCAAUGGUCUACCAGGAGGUGCAAAAGGAGAUUAGGAACUUACUGCCAUCAUUGUCUUCCUCUCCCAUCUCACCUGAAAAUUUCAGAGUCUUCUUGAUCUUGCCUUUCCUUCUGCAGGGAAAGGAUGGGAACUCUUUCCUUUCUCUGAGUCUUCUAGCUCAAGCCAUCAUGAAGCUCCAGCCAGAGGGCCUGCAAACUCUUGAAUGCCUGUGGUCAAAUCUAGAAACAUCCUUUUUCAAGGAGCUGGUUAUUCUGUAUCAAAGGGUUUCCCAGCAAAUUCUGCGUAAAUUUUUCGUGGAGUUCACAAGAAUAGGGCCGGGCCGCCUCUCCAAACUGGGAACUGAAACUGGGCCUCUGCAAAUACUGCAGAUGCUUUACCAGGUGAACUCCAGAACUGGUUUCAGAGUACAUGAAAGCAACUUCCAUAUAUUAGAAGUGAAAAAUAUUAUCAACUGCUGUGCGUACUUCAAUAUAGUAACAGCCCUAGGGGAGCUGAGUAGGUACCCAUGCAUCUUUGACAGGGAAAACAAGAUCUACGUUCAUACUACAGAAUGCAGGGCUCUGUCCAACAUCUCUUCUGUAAGUGCACCCAGUUUUGUUACCAAUCAAAGACAAUACCUUCUGCAAGACAUAUGGAAAAAUUUAAAAUCUGCCUCAAACCAAGAUUUCAGGAAGAAAUUAGAGGUGUCUUUUGUGGGUGAGAUGGGGAUGGACCAAGGUGGAGUGUCCCAGGAACUCUUCAGGAUUGCAGCCAGCACCCUCUGCCAGCCCAACACCGGCACCUUCCGCCACUUCCCCUCUGGCCUCGUGUGGUUCCCCAGACAGGCCUCGAGCUGUGAGGAUAACUACAAGAAGAAUCACAAGAAUCGCAAGGUUAGAAGAGACCUUCAAGAUCAUCAAGUCCAACCUGUUAACGACACCUUCCUCUUGAUCGGGACACUGUGUGGAAUGGCCCUGUUUAACCGGUGCAUGGUGCCCUUCCCCUUCCCCAGGGCUCUCUACAAAAAGCUACUGGACCUGGCCCCUACCCUGGAGGACCUUGAGGAUCUGCUGCCAACCACGUGCCGGAGUCUUUGGAGAAUUUUGAAUGAAGAAUGUGAUAGCUUGGACUUGGACUUCACGAUAAUGGAAGGAGAAGAUUCCACAGAUGUUGUUGAGCUUAAAGAAAAUGGUGCCAACAUUCCCGUCACUAAGGAUAACAGGAAAGAAUAUGUUGAUUUGUAUGUGAAUUAUAUGUUCAAUAAAUCAGUAAAGAAGCCAUUUGAGGACUUUAUGAAAGGGUUCUUAAGAGGCUGCCCCGCUAGAAAUUGGAAGAUGUUUCUUCCUGAAGAGCUGCAGGUUCUUCUCCAGGGACACACAACAUUUGACUGGCAUCUGCUGGAAAAGAAUGUGAUGUACAUAGGGUAUGAGAAGUUAGAUCAAACCAUCAGGAAUUUUUGGACUGUGUUUCACAAGCUACCAGAAGAAAAAAAGAAAAUGUUUCUUGCUUUUUUGACAGGAUCUGAUAAAAUCACUGGCUAUGGAACAGAACGUUUUGGAUUUUGUAUUGUAGCUCUUCAAGAAGAAAAUCCAGAUGAGUUAUCUCCCCGUGCCAGUACUUGCCAGCGCAUUUUGUUCCUCCCCAGAUACAGCAGUAAAGAAAUACUCAAAGAGAAGUUGCUUUAUGCCAUAGAGCAUAAUGAAGGUUUUGGAAUGAAAUAGAAGCACUCUAAAGCAAAAAUAAGAAAAUGAAUCUUUGUUCACUUGUCAUAUUUUCUCUUAAUAGCUCCAAUUUACUGGUUUCUACUCUGCCUUAUUUUUACUGCACUUUAUAAACACCCGAGUGUGUGCAUUUGCUGGAAUUUUACAUUGCUUAUAAAAUUGAGCUUCAACCAGAUACCUCAUAGUUAGAUUCUAAACUUAGGAAAGGAGAAUCCUGUCUGGUACACUUCAGAGAAGCAAGCUGAUAACCAGGCAUAUUUACAUAUAUAUGCAGGCAGGGUCUGUGCUGUUCUGGUUGUGUUAGAACAGUGAGCUCCCAGCAGCAGGGAUUCUGUGAUUUGUACAUUUAUGCAUUAGCAAGCACACAACCAGGAUGUGCUAAGCAGUCACCCUUGCAAGGCAAAGCUGGGGUAAGGUUUUAAUCUGUGUUACUUAAGGGUUCUCUUGGGGAGCAACUAACACAUUUAAUGAGACUAUGAAUUGAAGGAGCAGUCUGUGCUCACCUCAAUAUGGUCUAUGAUUUAUCUGGGAUAAAUUCUUAGGAGGAUUUGAUCAUUCAAAACCUUUUUCAAAACCUAUAUUAAUGAAGUAUAACAAUACUUGUUUUUGUUAUUUAAUGUGAUAACUGUGAUGUUUCUCAUGCUUCUUUAUAUCUUCUAAGGAGAUGUUUCACAAUAAAAUCAUAAAAUCUUAGGUUUGGAGAACAGCGCUGUCUACAGAGCCCUGUGGACAUGAGGUUGGCAGGGCUUCUGGAAUCUCAUUGUCAAAACAGUGAAGACCACUGUCAGGCAUUAACAAUGUCAGACAGAAUGUGUGUUUUCUGUGUAUUUUGCUAUGUGGAGAGAGGGAGAGAAAAAACAGUCAUUAUUUUUCAGCAGUCUUCUCUUCGGUACCUUAAAUGUGUCAGGGGACAUCCAUAUGUAAGGAAGACUUCCACUGCCUUAAAUUAAAUGAUGAUGGAUUAAAUUU